ACUUUAUAAGUUAUAAAAUUAAAUCUUUUUCAUUAUACACAAACACACCAACUUUUUUCAUGAUCGUGAAGACAUGCGCAUGCAUUUUAGGCAUUUCAUAUUUGUCUACAAACCUAAUUUCAAGCAUUUAACUAUUCAUAAAUUCAGUCAGGUAGUGACUAGUGUAUAUAAAUACGUUAUCGUAUUCCUUUAUUGAUUUAUUAACAGCAAAUAAUAUUUGUAUCUGGAAGUGGCGUGUUUUUUUUUUUUUACAGAACUACUGUAAGUUGGCCAAAAAAGAUUAAAGCAUUAAAGCUUCAUUCCCGUUCUCUUUUAUUUUUUCUCCUUUAUUUCUCGGUGUGUGACCCGGUAAACUGAGCUGCUGCGGGUGACGUCACGCGGCGCGAGGGUCUCCCGUGAGCUCUUGCGUGAGUGUUUCUCCCGGGACGUCCCAGUGAAGGAGGGGCAGUAGUGGUGUGGUUACCCCCCUGCACGCUUUGACAGUUGUGAGAGAACUGAGUGUGCAAAAACUCCUAAACACGGAGAGCCGAGCCACGGGAAACGCGCGCAGGAAUUGCCAGUGCGAGUUUGGGCACACGUGUGUUUUUGGACUAUUUAUAAGAUUAUUCCAGUCCUGGCCUCUGAGUUUGGUGGGAAACUUUGUUUUGGGACGCGCCGGGGGACCAGUCUCUUUCUUUUCCUUCUAACAUCCACGCACGAGCGGUUAACUUACUCUCGUGGAUACGAGUGAUUCAGUAGCUGAUAGAGUUGGUUGAACCUGAGGUGGACACACUCACCUGAGCGAGCGACAGAUAGACAGACAGAGAGAGAGAGAGAGAUAUGUACACAACGGUGCUGCUCUCCUCCUCUCUGUUUCUCCUGCAUGUGACCUGCACGCCUCAGAUUCACGGUCACCAUGGGAGGAGAGUGUGUGUUGGAGAUGCUUGGAGUCGUCGUGUGUCUUACAGCACAGAGUCGUUUCUUCAGCCCGUACACAAACCCUACAUCACCAUGUGCCAAAACCACCGCAUGUGUAGCACGUACAAGACAAUCUACAGGGUUUCUUACAGGCAGGUGAGCAGAGCAGCUCCUAAUGUACACAUUUACCCAGAAUGCUGCCCGGGAUGGCGACGCAUGCAUUCACACAACUGUAACCAAGUGGUGUGUGAGCAGUCUUGUGCAAACGGAGGCUCUUGUGUAAGGCCUAAUCACUGUGCAUGUCUAAAAGGAUGGACGGGACCAUACUGUCAAACAGUUCUUGAAGGUGGAGGUUUGGGAUUGGUGGAAAACGUUACCGAAGAAGUUCAGAUCCUUAAAAACAGAGUGGAGCUCCUCGAGCAGAAACUAGAGAUGGUUCUGGCUCCCUUCACUACGCUCUUCCCCUUGGAUGGUGUGGGAGACACUAACAGCUUCCUGCCUGAGAGGACCAACUUCCUGUCGCAUUCUCUGCAGCAACUAGACCGCAUCGACUCGCUCAGUGAGCAGGUCGGAUUCCUGGAGGAGCGUAUCGGAGCCUGUGCCUGCCAGGAGAACUAGACGAUCAAAGAUGGGCUGGAUCCUCUGACACAAGUGAAACCAAUAUCUGAGAAGUCUAAAUGAACAACCCCAACACUGAUCAAAGGCCUGAACCCUGUAAACAUGUUCAGUUCACUCAAAAAGCAUGUAGGGAAACAAAAUGUCAAACACAAACUCCUGUUUGGCCAAAAUGAGCUGGUGCUUGGAUAUUUCGCAAUAUUUUUCUAUGUAUUUCUUUCAUUUAAUCCGUGGUGUAAGUGCAGCUGUAUGGUCUCUCCAAGUUUGAGUCAGGAGAAAUGUAAAUUUACAUAUUUAUAAGUUCAUGUCCUUCCUGAGUAUUGCUAUUGGGAAAACAAUACAAAAUUGUAGU